AUGUCUGAAAGCUCUCUAUCUUAAAAUGACUUUUAUGAAUUGAAACAUGUUAGAACAUUAAAAGAUAAUCCUUCCAAAUUUUCACAACAAAAAAAACAAACUCAAUUCUAUUUAAAUUAGGCAAUGUUAGAAAAAGAAUAUAUAAAAACUGAUUUAAGUUGUGAUUGUACAGAAUGUGGAAAAUGUAGUUAAUUUAGUGAAACAAUAAAAAAACAAUAUCCAUUCUGUGAAACAAGGUAAUAAAUUAAUUAAUUUAAAGAUGGUAGAAAAGAAAAAGGAUUUUAAAAAGAUUUAAAGCAGCAAUAAAUGCUAUUAUUUUUAUUUUAUCAUAUAAAGUGGAGGCUAUUAAGAAAUUCAGAAAAAGAAUGCAUAUACUUAGAGCAGUUAGAAAUUUAACAACAUUAAAAAAAUCUUAAAUUACUGCAUCUACUCAUUUAUAACCAUAACCUAUGAUUAGUAUUCCUCAUUCAAGAUAAUCAUAAAGGUAAUAAUUGUAAUAAAAAAAAAGAAUAAAAACAACUCCUGAUGAAGAAACCUUUCUUCAUCAUAUAGUAAAUAGUGCCAGAGAACCUAGAAAAAGUUAAGUUUCAUAAUAUAUGAAUAAAAUGUUAAAAGACGUUAUUCCAAAAUCAGAAGUUCAUUUAAAACCUUUGAGUUAUUUAAAUUAGAAGAAAAUACAAUAAAAUAAUGCAAAAUCAAUUAAUUAAGCAUCUUUUUCUCAACAUAAUUAUUCAUAAGUUACAACUAAUUCAUAAAAGUACACAACAUUACAUUUAGAGUAAAUUAUGAAUAAUCAAUAUAAAAUGAAUAAUAAAGAUCUUUUAAAAUUAAUAGAUUCUCUUAAGGUUAGACAUAGAAUUAUUAGAUGUAAGAAAUGA